AGAUGUAAAGUACAGUGUUCACUCUUUCUUUAUUGAAGUGUGAGCUUUACGGUUGUGCCUUUGUGCUUGUGUGUAUUUCGAAGACUUUUUCUAGAAUCUUCGGGAAUAAAUUUCGAUUCAACUAAACGAAAAGGCCUUUGUGAACACAUAAAAUAUGGUUCGAGAGACAGCAUAUUAUGAUAUUCUUGGUGUAAAACCAAAUGCUUCACCAGAAGAUCUCAAAAAGGCAUACCGUAAGCUUGCCCUUCAAUACCACCCCGAUAAGAAUCCAAAUGAAGGAGAGAAAUUCAAACAAAUUUCGCAAGCCUAUGAAGUUCUUGCUGAUGCAGAAAAACGUCAAAUUUAUGAUGAAGGUGGUGAGUCUGCAAUCAAAAAGGGCGGUGGAGGCGGCGGUGGCUUCUCUAGCCCCAUGGACAUUUUCGAUAUGUUCUUUGGUGGCAACUUCUCAUCUGGCAGACGACGUGAACGCCGUGGCAAAGAUUUGGUUCAUCAAUUGGGUGUAACAUUGGAAGAGUUAUACAAUGGGGCCGUUCGCAAAUUGGCAUUGCAAAAGAGCAUUAUAUGUGAUAAAUGCGAAGGACGUGGCGGUAAAAAGGGUGCAGUCGAAAAGUGUCAGACUUGUCGUGGUAAUGGUAUUGAAGUGAAAAUUCAUAUGAUUGGACCGGGUAUGGCACAGCAAAUCGAACAAGUGUGCAGCCAUUGUCAUGGACAAGGUGAAAUAAUUGCCGCUAAAGAUCGGUGUAAGACAUGUAAUGGCAAGAAAACGGUUCGUGAUCGUAAAAUUCUUGAGGUACACAUUGAAAAAGGUAUGCGAGAUGGACAGAAAAUAACGUUCAGCGGUGAAGGUGAUCAAGAGCCAGACUUACAACCCGGUGACAUUGUCAUUGUUCUCGAAGAAAUUGAGCAUGCACUUUUCAAACGAUCAAAACAAGAUUUAGUAAUGCGUAUGCCAUUACAAUUGGUUGAAUCACUAUGUGGUUUUCAAAAGGUUAUCAAAACAUUAGACAAUCGAGAUUUGGUUGUAACCAAUUUACCGGGUGAGGUCGUGAAACAUGAUUCAUUCAAAUCAAUUUUGGGUGAAGGUAUGCCACAGUAUAAGAAUCCAUUUGAAAAAGGACGUCUUAUUGUUCAAUUCCAAAUUGUAUUCCCCGAAAAAAUACCACAAACAAUUGUUGCCGAUUUGGAAAAAUGCCUGCCACCACGACCACGAGUUGACAUACCAAUUGACGCUGAAGAAUGCAAUAUGAUUGACUUUGAUCCAGAACAAGAUGCACGAAAUCAGCGUUAUUCACGGCAAGCAUAUGAAGAUGAUGACGAUGGUUAUCACCAAGGACCCAGAGUUCAACAGUGUACAACUAGUUAAAUUAGUUCAAAAAUUAUCGUCUCAUUUUUAAGUUAAAACAAAAAUAAAUCGACAACCCUUCUAACCAGCAAUCUGUUAAUUUCUGGAUUUCCAAGCAUAUAAAAUAUCUCAUACUUAAAAUAUUACAUGUACAAAACGGUAUACCGUUUGUCUUACAUCUGAAAUACACCCAAUGCAAUAUGAAA